GAAGACGGAUCACCUCCCUCCCCCCCACCCAAGAAACCUCCUGCUGACUGUUGUCCUAUGAAGAAUUAGAGAAAAGGUGUAAAGAUGUCUGGGAAGGAUAAGAUCAACAUUUUCCCCUCUAGAGGGGCUCAGUCAACAAUGAAGGCACGUCUGGCAGGAGCUGUGAAGGGUCACUCCCUUUUGAAAAAGAAAGCCCAACCCCCCCAGCCCUUCAGACAGAUUCUUUCAAAAAUUGUUGAGACAAAGACCCUGAUGGGAGAUGUCAUGAAGGAUGCUGCAUUUUCACUCGCAGAAGCAAAAUUUGCAUCAGGUGGUGACUUCAACCAGAGUGUGCUUCAAAAUGUGACAAAAGCCCGUAUUAAGAUCAGAAGUAGAAUGGACAACGUUGCUGGUACCAAUCUUCCAGUGUUUGAAAGCUUUGAAGAUGGUGCUGACACAUAUGAGUUGACUGGACUGUCCCGUGGAGGUCAGCAGAUGGCAAAGCUCAAGAUCUAUUACAAACGUGCUAUCGAGUUACUAAUAGAGCUGGCUUCGCUUCAGGCUUCAUUCGUAACCCUUGAUAUUGCAGUUAAGAUAACUAACCGUCGAGUAAAUGCCAUAGAACAUGUCAUCAUUCCACGGUACGAGUGUACACUGGCAUACAUAAUUUCUGAACUUGACGAACUUGAGCGUGAAGAGUUUUAUCGCUUAAAGAAGAUUCAAGAGAAGAAGAAAAAAAUCAAGGACAAGGCAGAAAAGGAAAGGUUAGCUUUGAAAGAAGCUGAUAGACUGAAAGAGGAGGAGGAUAUAGCACACCCAGAGCAACAUGGAAGAAUUUUUGAUAAUAGCAGUGAAGAGGAAGAUCUUCUUUUCUAGUUUAUAAAUUGCUUAUACAUUUUUUUUUGUUUACUCUGGAUAGUAAAAAAUUAUAUAUGCAUACUGUAUCUAGCUGAAUAAUAAUUACUGUAUAUCAGCAAGUUUGAAACUUGAAAAUAGCAUGUUUUAGCAAAAUAAGUGUUAAACUUUACAAAAAGUAGUUUCAUUAUUAUUAAAAUCAAGGGGGAAGCGCUAAACCCGGAGGAUUAUACAGCGCCUGGGGGGAUGUGGAAGGCAUUCAGGCUUAAUUUGGGGAACUGGAGCACAGAUCCAAUUCCCUAAAUCAAGAGCCCGUCACCAACAUCAAGGAACCUUCCUUGAGGGGAAACUGGAUUUCAGUGUGCAUGUUCUGUAUAUAGGUAUGUAAUUUCAGUGUAUCAGCUUAGUAUCCUAGCAAUGCAUAGAUAGUAUUUUAACUGCAGAAUUUCCUUAUAAUAGGUGUACCAGCUAUGAAGGUUCACUUAUAUGAAUACAUGUAUGUGCUAAACUGUUUAGCAUUUGUUAAGCCUGUAUGGGUCAUCCAGUACUGUAUAUUAUGACAAGUAUGUGUAGUUAAUUAAUAAAAUAUGUAGCAUUAA